CAGCCCCGUCCGCCCGCGCGCCGCGCGGCGCCACCAUGUCGGCCACGGACGAGCGGGCCAAGGAGAUCCUCAGGGGCUUCAAGCUAAACUGGAUGAACCUCCGAGAUGCAGAAACAGGGAAAAUCCUCUGGCAAGGAACAGAAGAUCUGUCUGUACCUGGAGUGGAGCAUGAAGCUCGAGUUCCUAAAAAAAUCCUGAAGUGCAAAGCAGUGUCUCGGGAGCUAAACUUUUCCUCAGCAGAACAAAUGGAAAAAUUCCGCCUGGAACAGAAAGUUUAUUUCAAGGGGCAGUGUCUAGAAGAAUGGUUCUUUGAAUUCGGUUUUGUGAUUCCUAACUCCACAAACACUUGGCAGUCCUUGAUAGAGGCAGCACCUGAAUCACAGAUGAUGCCAGCUAACGUUUUAACCGGUAAUGUUAUUAUAGAAACCAAGUUCUAUGAUGACGACCUCCUCGUAAGCACUUCCAGAGUGAGACUUUUCUACGUUUGAGAUGGGGCUUUUUGGGGCUGUUUUAGUUUUCCUCCAUGCAGUUCUUGGUGCAGAACCCCCUGACUAUCCAGUGGAAGACACUUCCUGUAGGCGGUGACCCUGGGGACCAGCUCAACGUGGGUUGUGACCUUUGCCCAUCCGUUCUUUUGCUUUCUGCUCCGACAAGACCAGACCAAACCCUCAGAGACAUGGCCAGCUGCUCAGCGAAGGGUUGGGGAAUAAAGACGGUCUCUGGAAACGGGCAAACAAUGGUCAUGCAGAACCAAUACUGUAAAUUAUGUUAGUCUCAUCCUUUGUACUUCUCUGGAUCUUGCUGUAAUCUCCCAUUUCCACUCACACCACCUCUCCGUGCAUUUUGGUUUUUUGGGAAUUAAGUUAAUCUUUCCAUUUCUCAUGGUUUAGUUUUUUAUCCUUUCACUGGAUUUCUGUGUAACUGGUCCACAUGUCCUCUUACCCUGAACUUGUAAAAUAGACUGUGAUAUCACCUAAUGUAAUUAAAACAAAUUUCUCAAUUAAAA